UACUUAUUUUACCCGCUGUAUACUGUAUAUUCCCCAGUACCUACAGUAUGUUCCCCAGUAUGUGUUCACCAAUAUGUUUCCAGUUAAUGAUGUCACUCAGAACCUAUAUGUUUCCAGAUACCUAUGUUCUCUCAGUCGUUGAACCAGGGAUGAUGGGUACUGAGAAACAUGGGGAUGACCCCAUGCUUUCAUCUUGUCCUGUUUAACUUUUGUCCAAGUCAAGGAGAAAUUAUCCAAAAUUUCAGUUUCCAGAAUCUGUAAAAACAGCUCCACAAAUUCCAACAAUACACUUUGAAUGGGCAUUUUUAUGCUAAGAAGAAUUAAUCGAAUUAAAACAGGAUGGGAGAAAGUGAUUUUAAAAGAAAUAAGUUAUUGCAGAUUACAAAAACAGAUUUAUUGUGAAGGAGAAGAGACAAAAUUAAAGAAGCAGUACCCUUUAAAUAUUAAUUACACUGCUAUCUAAGUGGUACUGAUCCAAGUUUAUUGCUCACCGAUCCAUGAUUAUUACAGCAAUUGUCAACUUGUGCAAUUAAAUACUUAAAAAAAUACAGUGUUAGAAACUACUACAGCAUAUACUAUAGUGUAUUUCUUCCUGUCACACUUUUAGAGCUGGAUUCAGAAGAAUGCUUUAAACUUCUUCACUGCAACUUCAACUAUGGAGAUGAAGUCCUGAGAUUUUUUUAAACCUGGAUUGAAAUAAAACACUGAUUCUAGUCUUUGGUUUUGACUUUUUUCCUUCCUUUUUGGGGAGUGGGGGGUUGCACAGACCAUUUGUCAUGAGAGAAACCUUCAAGAGCCAGUUGUGGGUGUUUCAGGGCCUGUAGUGAAGAUAGGAUUUCUUCACUGCUUGGUCAUGAAUAAUUCAGUACAAGGAGGCUAUACAGCUCACCUAGAGAGAGUCACAUAAGACAAGGAUGUGCCUUUAACGAAGAGUGCACAAAAAGAGCGAGAGACGAGGCUGAGAGAGCAUGGAGGAGGUGGCGAGGAAACGACCAAUAAUCUCCGCAAAAGAACGAGGUCCUGGUCCUGGACGCUACGGUCUACCCCCCACAGUCGGGUACAUCAACCAUGACUUCACCAAACCCAGCAGCCCUGCUUACACCUUCCACAGCCGCAUGAGCAGUGCCAUGGUUUCUGUAGACUCCAGCCCAGGUCCAAGGUACUACAUCGGUGACCAGGUUACACGCUUUGGGCGAAACAAGUCACCGUCCUAUUCGAUUUCUGGCAGAGGAAGACGAAUCAUAAAUAAAGAUGAGCCCUUUCAGACGCCGGGACCGGGGGCUUACAGCCCAGAGAGGGUCCCACCGGUCAACGCUCAACGCAGACCUCCAGUCUACUCGAUCGGAACCCGAACAAGAUACCGUUCUGCGGACCCUGUACCUGCCCCCAACAGAUACACUCUUCCUGAUCUGCUGGGCCCUCAGGUUCCACACAAACCGUCCAGUGCCAGUUACAGCUUCUCAGCCCGAAGGCUCGUUGGCGCUCCCUGRGAAGAUCUCGCCAGGACACCUGGACCGGGCCAGUACAGGAGCACAGACCCGGACGUCUACAAAAAGCGCCAACCGUCCUUCACCAUGCAAAGUCGAAACAAAAAACCAAAUUAUUCCACGGCAGUUCCUGGUCCGGGAGCGUACAGCCCCGAGCGGACUUACAGUCACCUUCACAAAUCCUCGUCUUUCACUUUGGGCAUCAGACAUUCAGAGUUUAUUGCUCCACUUAUGGUUCAUGUGACUGACUGACAGUUAACAUUUUAUUCAGUUUU